AUGUCGAAACCACACGACUCGUCCGUCAAGAACGAGAUGGACACGACGCUUGACUUUCUGGGUCAAACUCCAUCAUUCUCCACGUCGUUUGAACUGGGAUCUGGCGCCGUUCCAGCGUCCUCGACGGCGACUGGAGGCAUCCCCGACUUUGCCAGUCUCUCUGGGCUGCCCGUCCAGCUUGCUCAGAUUCCCCAGCCAGUUCCUGGGACUCCUGCAGCUGAAUUUCGUGCGAAUAUUGAGGUUGCGCUCAACCAACAUCUCCCGCAGCUGAUUGCACUCGCCGAAUCCGUCGUCAACGGCAUUGAUAGAGCCUAUGAGCCUGAUGUUAACCCCAACAAGACUGCAAGUGAUUAUACGACACUUGCAGACUUGACUGCCCAGUUUUACGAGUUUCUCAACGAGACGGGGAUCGGUGCUCUCCCAAUCGUCCCCCGGCCCUCUACAGACACGGACAAUAUGAACAUUGAUGUUGCUCUCCCGGCCGCAGCGACCAUGCCUGAAGACCAACUACGCACAAUGCUCAACAACGCCGUCAACGAGCGCUACCAACAGCAGCGCAAAGUCGCCGAAAACGCGGCCACAGUCAUGAGUCGACUCGCAAAGCCAGCGACGUAUUGA